AUGCAAUUAUUCGUCAAGACACUCACUGGUAGAACCAUCACAUUGGAAGUCGAGUCCAACGACUCGAUUGAAAAUGUGAAGAGCAAAAUCACAGAUAAGGAAGGAAUUCCAGCAGAUCAACAACGUUUAAUCUAUGCUGGAAAACAACUGGAAGAUGGAAGAACUCUUUCUAUGCAGGAAAGCAAUUGGAAGAUGGAAGAAGUGUUUCUGAUUAUAACUUGCAAAAAGACUCAACCAUUCAUCUCGUGUUGA